GAGCCUACUCCCUCCUCACCAGUCUAACCAAUGAGUUUCGGCGGAGAAAACAAAAAUCAAGCAGUGUGUUAUGGGAGCGGAUUAAACAAGUGUGUUCAAGAAGAGAAACAGCGGCAGGUAGGAAAGCUAUACCACAACCUCACCUCGCACUGCUUCGCUGGUUGGCAGAUCACUCUUGCCCUGAGCCAGGAUGAAUGAUGUUCUGGAGGCCACCUCCCCCGCAACCAGCCUCAGCGGUCCAGCUACCUGUGUCACCAAAGUCGAGCUGCGUGUGUCUUGCAAAGCUCUGUUGGACCGAGACACUCUGAAUAAGUCAGACCCCUGCGUCAUACUAAUGGUACAGAAUGAUGGACAGUGGAUAGAGCUGGACAGGACAGAAGUGAUCAAAAGCAACUUGCACCCAGUCUUUGGCAAGGUUUUCUCACUGGAUUACUACUUCGAGGAGGUUCAGAAACUACGAUUUGAGGUUUAUGACAUCCAUGGCACUCACAGCAUUGGAACUCGUGAUGAUGACUUUCUGGGAGGGGUGGAGUGCACUCUUGGCCAGAUUGUGGCCCAAAAGAAGAUGGUGAAGCCUCUGUUGCUAAAAUAUGGGAAAUAUGCUGGCAAAUCUACCAUGACAGUGCAUGCUGAGGAAAUUUCUGGCAACAACGGAUAUGUGGAACUCUCCUUCUGUGCCAAGAAGCUUGAUGAUAAGGAUCUCUUCAGCAAGUCGGACCCGUUUAUGGAAAUCUAUCGAAUCAAUGACGAUGAAACUGAGCAGCUUGUUUACAGAACCGAGGUGAUUAAAAACAACCUGAAUCCAGUGUGGGAACCCUUCAAAGUGUCACUCAUAUCCCUGUGCAGCUGUGAUGAAGAGCGGAAGCUCAAGUGCUUAGUGUGGGAUCACGACUCCAGAGGGAAGCACGACUUCAUUGGCGAAUUCUACGCCACUUUCAGGGAAAUGCAGAAAAUUUCUGGUGGAAAUAAGGUGUCGUGGGAUUGUGUGAAUCCUAAGUACAAACAGAAGAAGAGAAACUAUAAAAAUUCAGGAGUUGUCAUUCUCACUGACCUCAAGCUUCACAGAGUCUACUCCUUCUUAGACUACAUCAUGGGAGGAUGCCAAAUUCACUUUACGGUUGCCAUUGACUUCACAGCCUCCAAUGGAGACCCCAGGAACAGCUGCUCCUUGCAUUACAUCAACCCUUACCAGCCCAACGAGUACCUAAAGGCUCUGAUAGCAGUGGGGGAGAUCUGUCAAGACUAUGAUAGUGACAAACGGUUUUCAGCUUUGGGGUUUGGUGCCAGAAUCCCUCCGAAUUAUGAGGUGUCCCAUGACUUUGCCAUUAAUUUCAACCCAGAGGAUGAUGAAUGUGAAGGGAUCCAAGGAGUGGUUGAGGCAUACCAGAACUGCCUUCCUAAGAUCCAGUUGUAUGGCCCUACCAACGUUGCUCCGAUCAUUAACAGGCUAGCCAAGGUGGCAGCAGGCGACGGCAACAUUAAAGAUGCUUCUCGAUAUCACAUCCUGCUCAUCCUCACCGAUGGCGUAGUGACUGACAUGGCAGACACACGUGAAGCCAUUGUACGAGCCUCCUACCAGCCUCUCUCCAUAAUCAUUGUUGGUGUGGGCAAUGCAGACUUCACAGACAUGCAGAUUUUGGAUGGAGACGAUGGAGUCCUACGCUCACCGAAGGGCGAGCCGGUCCUCAGAGACAUUGUGCAGUUUGUGCCCUUCAGAGACUUCAAAACGGCAUCACCUGCCGCCUUGGCCAAAUGUGUUCUGGCAGAGGUGCCCAGCCAAGUAGUAGAGUACUUCAGCCAUAAGGCCAUCUCUCCUAUGUGUCCUAUGAGGGACUUACCAACCCCCAUCCUCAGCCCAGUUGCCACUACACCAACAGAAUAACUGCACACCCUGUUCCAGUGACCACGCUUUGACCACAGCAUCAGUCUGGCAAACUGAGAAGGAAAGAGGACGCCUCAAAAACUGAAGAACAAAACCUUCUAAAUGUGUUGUUACUCAUGUAUUUCAUUGUUCACAACAAGCAAAGUGUUUACACAAGGAUGGUACCACAAAGAUCGGGGGUUUUAUUUCUGUGCUUGGUGUGGAUUGAGCACUCCUCCCUGGCUGUGCAAAUCAACCAUCCAGCUGUUUCAGCAUCAGGAGUCCUGGAGGAUUUUUUUUUCCCCCCAUGUUUUUUAUGCAUGCAGACCAAUCCCUUAAUGAUGAUCUAUUGAUCGAAUGCAGGUUUAAUAUUCUUUAUGGCCCAUGAAGUUCCUUUAUGUAUACAGUACAUUGUGUUCAGACAUUUUUGAAGAGGUACUACACAGGAUGAUUUAAUCACAAUUUGAUUGUUUUAACUUAAACAUGGAUCUAUGGAUGGAUUGAAAAUAAUAUUUAAUAUUAAACAAAAAAUUUCCCCUGCAUAUGAAAAUCUGUCUGCAGAAUUGUCCAACAACCUGAGCUGACAUUGGAAUGGUAGUUAGUCUAUAUACUUAAAGAACAAAAAUCUUUUUUCCUAAGCACAGUAGCCAUAAUCAUCAAAUCAAGAGCUGCCCUGAUUACAAAUGCAACUGACACCACUUCUCCCUGGCAAACAAAAACAAUUAGUGCCAUGUGUGAUUGACAGUUGGACUGUACAGGUUGCCAAAUGUACGUAUCCUGUGUAAAAUAAGCAUCUAAAUAACAGUUCUGAACCAAUUUCCAAGAAAACCUGAUGAGAAAACAGCAGCACCGUAAAUGUCUUUGUUGAGCUCUCUCAUGUCAGACUCGUUCAUCUUGAACAUCUGUGAAACUGCGAGCAACAUAAUGACUUCAGCAAUCUGCAAUAUUUGCUACAGCUUCAGCUCUUGGUAUGCUUUUUCAUUUGUAGCAGGGAGCCGAGAGAUACAGCAAGACGGAAACAGACGAUGUGUUUGGGUGGCUGUGUAGUAGCUAAAGGUUGUAAAGUGCUGCCUUUUUUGAGGGUAUCUGUGAACAAAGCUCGGGUAACAUGCUUCUUAAAGAGCUAAUCAAUGAUAGCACCCUAUUUUUGGUCUUUUGUCUAGUGGCUACAGUGUAAGCUGUGAAAGUCAUGCUUUUUGUCAGGUGAAUCCUUUCUCUCUGAAUUGUCCAUCUUUGUUGUCAUCCCUAAGCCACGCAGGUUCUACUUUCUGCAAUGACUUCAUUUUAUAGAUAUAUUUCCUCUCCUUUUUUGCUACCUUUUACAUAAAAUAGAAUUCUACUUGAUGUUUUCUGAUAAAUUUAAUGGGUGAGAAGAAAAAAAAAUGAAAGCACAAAGCGAACCAUUAGUGCUGUGAUGCACAAUGUAAUAUCCAUUACAUUUACAUCAGAUUGAUAAAUUCAAAACACAAGUAUUAUCAGGUGCCAAAUUUCAGCUUUCUUUGAUAUUUCAUAACAAAAAAAAAAUGUGUUAAAGGUUUCUCCAUGACAAACUGUUUCAGAGUGAAAAUAGAGUGGAAAGUGUACGUCUGUUUAUUUGACUUCCAACUAACUCUUGCCUGAAGGAUCCCUAUUUACUAGAUGGGGACCUUUGUUUUUGCUGUUCUAUUGAGCUUUACAAUGUUCAGUGUAUAAAAGAUGUAACCUUCACUUUUAUUUAUCCUGCCUGGGCCUCAGAUUGUCUUCAGAUUCUUCAGAGUGUAGCCUGUAACCUAAGUAAGUCAAAAAAAUCUGUCAUGUUUUGCCCUUAUUACUAAUGCUACAAUGCUUAAAGCACAAUCUCCCACUGAAACUCUUUGCAGCCGUGAAAUAAGUUGCUGUUUUUCUAAUUAUUAUUAUUGUAAAUAUCUGUGUGAAAAUUGCAGUCUAAAAAAGAAAAGAGACACUGUGUGUUUAAGCUACCGGCAAUUAUUUUUUCAAUGAAUGCGCAAAACGUGAACAGCACCAAAAAGAAAGCGAUUUUUUGCCUUCAAAAGGCCGCCUCUUGGCAUUUAAUUAAUACUCAUCAGUGUACAAAUAACCUUGAUGCCUCUAAAACAAAAUGUUUAUUUUGCCUAAUCAAGUAAAUAGUUCCAAAAAUGGAGAUUUCAUCUCAAAGUUAUACUGUUUAUUAAUAAACACUGAUUCCAAAGUUUUUCAAGGUUUGAAUUAAAUAUAAAAAUAUCUGUCCCUGAGCUAAAGAAAUCCCAUAUUUUGCUUAAAUGUCCUGUUUUCCCUCUGUUUUCAAUUGCACAUGCAAAGUUUGCUUCACUGAUACUUCACAGUGUUAAAAAUAACAGUUUUCAGCUCCAAAAAAAGUGUUAAACUCUCUAAACAUUUGAUGAACAUUGCUUUAAAAUUGUUGAUGACACAGUAGAGUUUCACUAAAAAUAAACAACAUGAAUGCUCCUCGAGUGUCAAGCUGUAUACUGUGCAAAUUAUACUGUUUAGCUGUUCAUUAUUUGAUAUCUAUUCCAGUAAUGACUCUGUACUUUGUAUAUUUUAUCUAUUAUGGUGCAUUUGCACUUUGAAUGGUUCUGAAUGGUGACAAAUGUACUUGGAGAGAAACCACGGUGUCACUGACAAUAAAUGUACGGGAUGUAUA